CGUCAAGGUGUCCUAAUUUGCAUAAUAUUGUUUAACAAUGGCCGACAGGUGAAAACAAGCAAAACAACGUGAAAUAAAUAAACUCAGACUGUUGAAAUGGCAGACACAGUUCAUUCGCGUCCCAAAACUUACGAGCUUGAUUUAGAUAAUCAGAAAAAGAACGUCUUCGUGACACAGUUGCAUGACAGGGAUGAUGAAGAUGAUAUUACAGCAUUUCCCGUUGUCAAGGAGACAGGUGACAAGCUCAUCGAGACGGGAAUUAACACCCUGCAGCGAACUUUACUGCUUAAAAAAGAAGUUGAAGUUGACAGGGUACAAGCAGAACUAGAGGCAAAGCGACAUGAAUUUAAACAAAGAAUGGAGGCUUGCGCUCAGCGCCAGAUUGAAAUACAAAAGAAACAGCAAAGGAUGAAAGACAGGGUUUCAAAGUUUGAGACAUUUUUGAAAGAGAAUGAAUUGAAGAGAAGAAGAGCUAUUCAGAAAUAUCAGACAGAAGUGAAGUUAAAAGAACAGAAAACAAAAGAACUUGAACAAUUGCAAGAUGAACUUGAAACUGUUAAAGACUUAUUAGCACGGUUAGAGAAAAAAGUUUCUAGGUACAAGAAGUUUGAAGAUUAUUUAUUGCGGGUGAUUGAUGUCAUGCCAGAAGAUUAUCUAGCUGCCUCUGAUGAUAAAAUGAAAGGACUUAUGUCUCGACAUCGUACUCUCAGUGAUUCCAAUGUACAUCUAGUCAGUAAACUGGAAUCUAUGUCAGAUGAGCUUGAGAUAUUGAAAGCAGAACUGGAUCAGAUGAAAACUGCCCACAAUAAACAGGUCAUCUCUAUCAACAGCGAACUGUCAAAACUACAACAACAUCACGAGGAGGAGAAUGACAGUAACCAGAAAAUGGAAAAUAAAUAUAACGCUACCAAAGGUGGACUCAGGGAAAAGAGAACGGAGCUGGGAGUUAUAAUGAUGGCUAUAGAUAAUAUAGCAGAGAUCUGUCACAAACGACUAGACAUUCCUGUACAAGAAAUGUCACUGGAAACUAAACUACAUAGAAUCAGGGAUUAUGUAAAUGAUCAGGCUGAUGUAGCAGUAAUGGCACGUCCAACCGAAGAUGAUGAGUCACCAUCAGGAAGUAGAAGGGGCAGUGUUGACAAUACAAAAAAGUCAAAUAAAGUCAAAAAGAAAGUGAAACUCAAUGGAUAGUCAUGAUAAAUAGAUAGCAUAACAUAUAAAUUGUUUAACAGACCCAAGUGCUCGUGUUUAAUAUUGAAGUGGAGUUUGGCCGAAAAUCAGACACACUGAACCAACCAAAGUAAACUCAAAUGGAAUGUGAAACUGAGUCCAAUUUUAAGGGCAAUAUUUUACAAACAGUUCACAGUAUAUGUGUUUUCAGUUGGCUUGAAAUGAUAAUCCAUUUAAGAUUUUCCACCCAGUUGGUAAAUAAUUGCCCACAUGACUGUGUCUUGUAUACUGCAGGCUUUCUGCUUUAAGGUUUGUUUGUAGUUAUGGCCCUUGAAAUAGUCAGCGUUGCCUUAUUUCACAUUGACAGCACAUUAGCAGCCAUAUUACUUGAGCAAUCUUAAUGAAACUUUGUAGUUCUUUGCAGAAGGAAGUAAGGUCUUCAGUUAACAUGGUGUACUUUUUAGAAGGCUUGUACAGGGAAGAAAUAGAUUUGCAGCUAGUUACGCACUAAAAUGUAGAUUAUAACAAAUUGUAACUAAAUUAAUCUGUUCUUCUUUGAUGGUUCAUACAUGACAUUAUUUGCUCAAUGUGUAUACAAUAAAUGUAGAUCUGUAGGUGUUGCUUUUUGUAAAGCCUAUGAUUUUUAUUGAUUUAAUUUUGUUGUUAAGUAUUUGUUUGUUAAACUGCCAGCAUUUAUUUUUGAUCAACUGUGUUAUAGUCUGUGAACAAUGGUCUGUGCCAUGUGGGUAUUGUAAAAAGGUGUAACACUUCUUAAGCUUGGUUUCUUUGCAUUAGUUGCACAGUCUUUUUGACAUUGUGUAGAGGUAGAUCUAACACAUUGUGUAGAGGUAGAUCUAACACAUUGUAUAGAGGUAGAUCUAACACAUUGUGUAGAGUGCUCAUAUUUAUAUUAGCUUAUGAGGCACUGUACAAAUGUCAAAGCCGGUUCCAAUCCUGUCUCCAUCUACAAUGGCCUUACUUCUUAUUCUUUCUAUGAAAUAGAGGGGAGACAUGGGUGAUUUUUCUGUGUCUAUCCAUCAGUUCUUAUGCAAAUCUGCUUUAGAUAUACUUUGUGAAUUUGCCCCCAUGUGGUUCUGGGACGAUCUGUGUAUGAAAAGAAUUGGAACCACUGCCUUACCCUUGCAUGAUCGUAUGAGGCGACUAAUAGGGUCUUAACACUUGGUUUUGCAGUAACUCUGUGAUUCAAGCAGGUAUGCAAAUUUUGAUUCCAUACCUCAUGUGUUUUUUUUCAAUGUAAAUAAGAUGUGGAACCAAAAUUUGUAGUCCUGUUUGGUGCCAUAUAACCUGUACUGUGUUGGUGCGCCGUAAAACCCAAAUAAAUAAAUGUGGAAGAAAAAUGCAUGUUGUAAUGCAGGUGUCACUUUUGUUGCAUAUAUUAAUUGAUUUUAGCCUUUAACUACAAUGUAAAUAUUAUAUGAACUAUUUUUAGAUGUUUUUAUAAAGCAUUGUUUUAUCAGGUGGCCUUCCAUGUGUAUUUAUGAUUUUAAAUUAUACUACAAUUUAUUACAAUUUAUAUUUUAUAUACCAGUAUAUAUAAAACAUUAAAUUUUUCUCUUGGAUGUUUUGCAGUAAAAGGCAUGCUAUAUUUUGUAUGAAAUGUUUUAAUGUAUGUUUAAGUUAUGACAUUGCAGUCCAUUAAAUAUAAACUAUGCA